CACAGAGCUCAUCCAAAUCAGUAGCUGCAGCCGCAAAAACGCUCUGCUUCAUUUGUCCAUCUCUUUACAGAUCAUAUACAACAGGCUUAGCAGAUUUAAGUUUCUGCUUGGAGGCUGAUAGAAGAUGAACCAAACCGUGAUCAGAGAGUCCAAGAGCUACACAGGGACCAGAGUGUUAUGAAACCUUUAAAACAGUGUAGCAGUGCUCCAGUAUAUUGUUGUCCCCUGUAUAUUGUGGGCAUGUGAUGUGCUGUUUGUAUUUAGGCAGUUUGUGGGUGACAUUAGCUUUAGGAAAAUCACUGAGAAUGAUAAUGAAAGAGUCCAGAUAGCGCUGCUCAGUUUGUGUGAUCUGAUCGGCCAACAGUUCUAGCGCCGCGGUCACACGCGCGUCAGGAGGAAUGUUCACACUCGGCAGAAUUUACGAGAACUCCUGCAGCAAAUAAAAUGGAUUACAGUUAAUAAAGAGAGCUUGAAAAAUUUGGGCAGCACAGCUUCUUUAAAACUGUCACAUCUGUACACCAGCCCUCAUCGAUAUAAAAACAUCAUCCACCGCCUCUCGUUUUCCUCGACAAGUCAGUGACACGAUCCACUCUGAACAGCUGGAAUCCCGUUAGAUGUAGCGUGCUGUUCAGGAUAGCUCCGUUCUGCCAGGUUUCCAUGAAGCAGAGCGCAGAAGAGUUAAAAAGGUCCUUCAUGCGGAUGGACGUGGUGUGUUUCCGCCUUCCUGGCCACAGCGACGCAGCUCUGAGGAACAUGAACUCCUUGCGGGAGCAGCGCCACUUCUGCGACAUCACCAUCGUGGCAGGCGGCAGGCAGAUGUUCCGCGGUCACAAAGUGGUGCUGGCCGCUGGCUCGGCCUUCCUCAGGGACCAGUUUUUACUGAACCCCUCUGCAGAGCUACAGCAGGUCUCAGUGCUGCACAGCUCCACAGUGAUCCGUGAGCUGCUGCAGUCCUGCUACACUGGCAUCCUGCAGUUCAGCGCCAAAGAGAUCGUCAAUUACCUGACAGCAGCCAGCUACCUCCAAAUGGAGCACGUGGUGGAGAAGUGCCGAGUGGCUCUGAGUCAGUACCUGCAGUCUAAGAGCAGCAGCUCAGGAACUGUAAAAACAGAAGAGUCUCAGGGUAUGGCGGCGAUCGUCAGCGGAAGCACUCACGACAUGUCGCCACCUUCCGAGCGUGCAUCGUCUCUGCAGCCUCACAGCUCGGAGGAGGAGCCGCAGGUCUCAGGAGUCGAUCACACCGGUGCUCAUCACAGAGAUGAGGCUGAUUUGUCCGUAGUGCGGCUUCGAUCCUCAGAGCACUCCGGAGGUAUCGAGGACGAAGAGAGCAGGAACGACUUCAGUGUGUUCGAGGUUCGCAUCAGAGACGAGCACCGUGGCCCAGUGGAGAACGCAGGAGUCCACGAGGACCACGGAGACGCUGUGGACUUGUUGGCUGUACGCCAGGUCACACACCCGCACGCUGAGGAUCUGAGCAGGGACGACGGUGGAGUGCCGGGCAGCAGCCCGAGGGGUGGUGUACGCAUCUGGAGGCGGAGAUUCGGGGAGCCCAGGGGUGGCCGGGGGCGGGGCUUCAAGCACAGGAAGCGUUACACCUACCGCGAACGAAGGCCUUUGGGGAACUUUCAGCAGGCGUGGCGCUUUCCCACCUCUGAGGAGAUCAUGGGGAGUUUUGGAGCAGGGAUCGGGCAAGACUACUUAGAUCUAGGAGAGGGUUCGAUGCGGGUGGAUUAUCAGCCGUCAGAAUGCCAAGGAGACGCGGCGGGUUCGGACGGUGGCCCUGGUCAUUUUAGCAUGGACGGAGCGAGCGGUGAGGACGAUGUAGGAGUCGUCCCGUUGGCCGCUAACGAAGAAAACGGUGGUGAGGACUCUGUGGCUGUCGUGGGCUCCACAUCCUGCGUGACGGGCUCUGUGGCAUGCGAGCAGUGCGGUCUGGCAUUUUCUUCAGUGGAAGAUCUAGCCACCCAUUCACGCUCCACCCACCUGCUGUACGUUUGCCCGUGCUGCGGCAAACACUUCAGCCAGACGAGCAACCUGAACCGCCACAUGGCCGUCCACCGCUCGGCCAAGCUCCACAGCUGCCCGCUGUGCCACAAGACCUUCACGCAGAAGUCCACGCUGUCCGACCACAUGAACAUGCACAGCGGACAGCGGCCACACGUCUGCGCCUUCUGCCGCAUCUGCUUCGCCCACAAACCCGCGCUCCGGCGCCACCUGAAAGAGCAGCACGGCAAGACGACAGCACAGAACUACCUGGAGAUCCAGAGAGAGUGUGAGGAGCCUGCUAUAGGAGGAGGGGUUUAAGGAGACUUUUCAGGAAAAGUCUAAAGUAGCAUUAUUGAUCUAAUGAGGGACGUUACUAGUGAAGAUUAAGGGCCAGAGUCUGACAUCGUCUCAAACAUCUACACACGUGCUUUAGGAUCCUGACUCCAACACCAGCAGCUUGCGCUAAGGAAAAGUAAAACACAUCAGGCACUGUUCAGUGAAAUUUACACUAAUUUACUCUAAUCAGUCAGGACAUGUCUGGUGUCUGACUUGUUUGCUUCUUUCAUCAUGUGCUGGAGCGAUCACAAUGACUUACUGAACAUGUUACAGGUUCAAUACCAUUUUUUUAAACCAUACAUUGUAUUGCAAGUCUGUCUCACAUGUUUUACUUCAUCUCCCUCUGUGGGAUUUUAGUCAUUUUGUAUUCGAGUACAAAAAAGAAAAGGAAAACAAAACAACAAUAAUGUAUUCAGUUAAUCAGUAUUUUAAGCAGUUGGCCACGGACAAAUCAGUCAGUUUGAUCCAAUCAUUUUAACAGAAACGUCAGGCUUCAUUUUCCAAGCAGCAUCCCAACAGAUUUAUCCCUAAAUCAUCUGUAGGACAUUUCACUUCCGGAGAGAAAACACUUUAGUAAAAGUUACUUAACUAAAAUGCUGAUCAUCAUCAUUAUGAACCUUUUAGUAUUUUAUCAUUCUCGCUUUCUUUCUCAACAUAAACGCUCACUACAUAGAGUAUUAAUAUAACAGGAAAUUCCCAGUAGAAACCUUCGGGUUUAAACUGGUUUCACUUGCACAGGUUUGCCUUCAGUAUCAGUAAAGAUUUAAGUGUCGACCCUCUGCUUUGCUUCCUCACAGACAGGUCAGAUCACCCUGACCUCAAACAACCUUCUACAUUGGGAGAGAAGUUCCUGGUUUUUUUUAAUGCUACAGAACGAGAAACACAUCAUCAUCGUAUUCAUAUUAUUCAUCAUCUUCAUGUUAUCGGUCACGUCACAUCAGUCUCACACAGAACCGGAAGAACAAACACGGUCUUGGCUGAUUAUAAAGUAUAAAGUUCGUUCCUUUAAGAGUCAGAAGAAACCAGAGACACGAGUCAGAGUCUGAGCUUAAGUCUGAAGGUCAGAUUAGUUACCUGGACACCUCACUACUUGCUGUAUCCUGUUUAGUUAACCAGGGCUUGGUCCUCGAGACUGGAGAACAUCCGUGCCUCAUUGAUUCAAUUAGUAUCUGAACACUGUGCUGACAGACUGCAUUGUGGGGAAUAAAAACAAGAACAAAAUCCAUGUCUGUGUAAUUGUCUGUGUGUGUAUUCGGUAAAUAGCCUGUGACUAGUCGAAUAAAGCAGUUAGCAACAAGCCAGUAACGAUGUGAUUAAGUGUAGCGUGAUUCGUUUCCUGUCUCCUGUCUUCAACUGUUGUCGAUUAAAAAUACAGGGAGCUUUAACAGA